GCUCAUGUAUUUGUGGGCCUGGAUAGUUAUCCAGGUCUUAGGGGUUAAGGAGAUGGCGACGAGCCGGCUUCCGAGCUUUCCGAAUUCCCAAAAACAAUCGCAGCCCUCAAACAAGCAGUUUCUUCAACUGGAAAGAAAGACCCCCGCCUUAUGACACUAGCGGUGUACAACAGCUCUACAGACGUAGAGCGGUACUCCUGCUCCACGUGCUUUGCCGAUGUGUUCUAUGCUGUUCAUGACCGCGAAGACAUGAUCGACAUCGCGAUCGGCUUGUUGGAUCAUCCCGACGGUGCUCGCGCCGAAGGACUACUGGCUUGGUCUUAUGGCAAGGUCGGAUGGGAAGCUGAUGUGGCUGGAGGAUGGCGAGACGAGCUUGUUGGUUCAGUGAAGACCCUUUCGAAAGAGUGGGCUGUCUUGAUCGAUGAAAACAGCACCUGACACGCACGUUUACAAGUCUAGCUGGUUGGAAGUUGUCAAGAAUGCUAAUCCUGCUUUCAAAGCUGCUGGCGCCUGGCUCUGUUGAUGUGAAUUUGUGUCUGCAAUCACAGAUGUGUGCUAUCUGUUCACUUGCGCUUAGAGUUAAUUUCUAAGAGUCACUCUUUCUCAAUUGCUAAGGUUACGCUCC